AUGCAUGAACAAAAGGGGUCAACCAUAGAAUUUAACAAGUCGGACAUAGGGGAUGGUGAUCCCCUCGUGCAAGGGCGACCUCCCACCAGCCGAGAACACAUCCCCGUAGCCCCCAGGGUGCAGAGGCACUUGGAUGCUCUCCUGCCAAACCUGGAGACCGCUCCCGGCGCAGCCCAGCCCCGACCGCAGGGGCGAUCACCGCAAAGCCGCCUCGAAACCCGAGCCUCGUCCCUAAAAACCUUCUUGGGAACCUCCGGAGGGCUGCGGAGCAUCCCGGGCACCAACCCCGGCUCCCGCAGGAGCCACCCCACCACCGCCCGAGCAGCGCCCGCUGCUCGCCGGGUCCGUACUCACGGGGGCUCGGGGCUCGCUCCGGCGCCGGGGCUCCUCUCGGUGUCCGCUCAGCCCCUCGGUGCGCGGGGGAGCGCGGGCAGCGGAGCCCCCUCCGCCCGCUCCGCGCCGCCGGCGAGGCCGCACCCACCCACCCUACGUGCGGCUCGGCAGCCGCGGCCCCCUCCCCGCCCGCCCCGCUGCCCGGGCCGCCUACGUGUGGCCGUGCAUGCGGGGAGCGCCCGGCACGGCACGGCGGGGCAGGGCACGGCAUCGCAUCGCAUCGCAUCGCAUCCCUCCGCUCGGGGGGGCGGCCGCCGGCUCGUCCCCUCUGCCUGUCGCGCUCGCUCAGGCGGAAACGGGGCUUUCCCGCAGCCGCCGGGCCCCGGUGUCCGGAGGGGUUUUUGGGAGGGGGCGGCCGCCGAGCAACCCCCCCCUCCUGCCCGAGAGCCGGGGGAUGGCGGGGGGGCAGCGCAGGGACCGGUGGCCCUUGGCGGGCACCGCCGGUCGGAGCGUGGCGGAGAGUCACGUCCCCACGGCAGCGCGGCUCGGGGCGCCUUUUCCGUGGGGAACCCGCUGCUCCCGAGCCCGUCGGGUCGCAGCCCGCCGGGCUCGGUGCUGGGGGCUCCUGCCGGGACUGAAACGGGGGGCGAUGAAGCCCCGAGGCUCAGGAGCAUCCCCGGGGCUGUGGUACAGCGGCGCCUGCCCGAGCGGACCCGACGCCGCUCCCUCCCGCCCGAAGCAUCCUCUGCUCCCCGGGGACCGGCCAGGGAUGCGCUGCUCGGAGGGGUUUUGUGCCUGCGGACCGGGCUCGCCCUCCGAGGCGGAGGCGAGCGGGGCAGAGCCCGGGGCGCGGCGAGCGAGCGAGCGCCCAGCCCCGACAGCCCCGACCGGGACUCGCCCCACACGGGGCGCGGGGACCGGAGCGCGGCGGGAGCGCGGGGGGUCAGGGCAGCCCCAGCACCCCAGCUCCGCUCCCUCCCGGAGCAGCCGCGGCCGCUCCUCCCGGGACUUCCCGGCUCCUCCCGGCUCCUCCCGGCUCGGGCGGUGCGCAGGCGCCGCGCAGGCGCCGCGGGGAUGUUGCGGGGCGGAUGUGCGGGGAUGUGA